UGUGAAUGAUGAACGUUUUCCGCUUAGUAUAUGUAGCACUUGUCAAACGACUCUUUAUGAGCACGAAAAGGAAAUAAAAAUAAGAUCAUUGCCGAUAAUGCCAAAUUAUGAAGAUUUGCGUUUGAAUAAUGUUACUCGACAUCAAGAGCAAAAUAGUAAUAAUAUUUGUCAGUGUUAUAUAUGUUUAACUGCAAGAACCAAAUUUCAUAAAAAGCCUUUAAAAGGUCGAGGUAAUAAGAAAAUAUCGAUACAAAUUGAUGAAAGCAACGGUCUUCAUAGUAAACUUAAACCGAAAGUAAAUCCUGAAAAUGUAUUACAACCUAUCGAUACAAAGUCUGCACCCUGCAAGGAAGUUAUUAUUAAUUUAAUUGACAGAUUGCCUGAAAAAGAGCAGGAUCAAAUUAUUUCUAAUGUUUUGCGGAAGAAAGCGAAUAAUAGAACAUUUUCAGCAGAACAUAAAGUAAUUAAAAACGUUCAACUGGAACUUAGUAAUGACAAAGGGAAGAAAAUGCAAGUUUUACUGAAUGGGGAAAAAAAAGAUAAGCAAACUUUUUUUUCUGAAAAAAGUUUAGAUAAUUACUUUGUAGAAAAUAAUAUGUCAUCAAAUCAAAUGAGAAAACUGACCACUUUUGUUCGUUCACAAACUGGUAGAAAAUCUGUGCCUACUAAUUAUCAUUGCCAUAUAAGUGAAAAAAUUAACUCGUUAAAAGAAAUAUAUAAAAGUAGUGAUACAUUUGAAUUUGAAACAUCGAAGACAAAAGAAAAGAGACCAGUGAUAUGGGCCGAUGCAUCGGAAUUAGUGGAAGCUGCAAUUGAGUCACGAAAUUUAAUUGGACAUUACAAACUUAAAGUUAUGGCUGACGGAGGACAGGGAUUUUUUAAAAUAUGUAUCUUGAUAAUUCCUGAAAAUUAUAAAUCAAUAAUUGAUGCUGAUUGUAGCAGUGAAGAUGAUAAUUAUGAGCCUAAGGAAAAAAUAUUUAAGUCUAAAUGCGAAAAAGUUAACGUUAAAUCAGAAGCAAAAUUAACAAGUGUGAAAAAACUAUUAAUGCUGUGCAUCGUCCCUGAUAUAAAAGAAUCUUACGAAAAUUUGAAGACACUAUUUGAAAUAACAGGUAUUAAUAAAAUUCCAUUUAAAUUUGUAGCUGAUUUUAAAUUAAUGCUCAUAGUUAAUGGGUUACAAACUGCAUCUGCUACAUAUCCCUGCCCAUAUUGCUUCAUCAAAUUGAAAGAAUCAAAAAAAUCGUGUGCAGAAGAUGAUGUAAUUGUUAGUGCAGAAGGCGAUUUUGCAAAAUUAAGAACCUAUGGAGAUAUAAGAAAAGACUAUGAGACUUUUGUCAAGUUAAAAAAAAAUAAAAAGAAAGCUCCAGAGUCUUACAGCACUAUUAAUGAACCUCUCUUUUACGAUGAAGAAGAUGAUAAGUUUGUAGUUGAUAAAUGCGUGGUUCCCGAAUUGCAUCUACUUCAAGGCUUUGUCAAUCAUUUAUUUUUUGACGGGUUGGUUCCUCUUCUUACAUCUAAAGUAGCAUUUUUGUGGCCAGAAAAAUUAUCUCUUUCUUCUAAAAAUUAUCAUGGAAGAGUGUUUGAAGGAAAUGCUUGUCGCAGACUACUCAAGUCUGCUGAUUUAUUGGAUGAUAAAAAUAUCUAUGAAAACGUUGGUCGGCUUCGCUUGCUUCCUUACAUAAACGCAUUUAAAGCGAUGGACAAAGUAGUCUCGAGUUGUUUUUCGGUCAAAAAAAUUGGAAAAGAUUUAGAUAAAAAUAUAAGGGAGUUUAAAACAAUUUAUGAAGCGACUGAAUGCUCAACAACACUGAAAAUUCACGUAAUUUCAAAACACCUUCAAGAUUGCCUUCGAUUUCUUGAUGGAGAUGGAUUAGGCAUUUGGUCAGAACAAGCAGGUGAAUCCAUACACCGGGAAUUUUUAGUUCAUUGGAACAAAUAUAAAGUAAAUUCGAUAAAUCAUCCAUCAUAUUCAUCAAUGUUGAAGAAAGCUGUCGUUUCAUUCUCAUCUAUUCAUGUAUAACAUCGAUUUCGUUAUUUAAAUAUAUUUUAUUAUUUAAAACACCUUGCAUGGUGUCAACUUUCAAGUUUUUUGAAAAUUAAAAUUUUAAAAUGUUCUAAAACCUAUAAAUGAUCUAAUAAAGAGGCGAGUUAAAGUGAUUCUUGUUUGUAGUUAUGUAGACAAUAAAUAUAUGUAAACAGAUUUUCUCUACAUUUUCACUUCAUUUAAAAUCUCUUCCUGACCACCGUGUUGUGUCAAUUAUUAUUAUUAUUAA